AUGAGCACUUUUUCCUAAUUGUUGUGAAUUUGAAGGAAGAAAAGCUUCAGUUCAUUGAUAAUAUGAGUUAUGAUACAAAGUACAUGAGUGAGGUUGAGAAGUUCUCUGAUGUUCUGAGUGAUAUGCUGAGUACUUUUCUUGAUCAACGCCUUCCUCAAAGUAAUGACUCAGUGAAGAACAUGAUUGAGUAUACUUUGGAGUCACCUUCUGUAAAUUGGAAGUCUGGAAAACAGAAGAAUAAUGAUAGUGGCAUUUAUACUAUGGUCAGCAUGCUUUACUUUGAUGGAGCUGAUGUGUUCGACUGCGAUGUUUUGAAAACGGUUUCAACUAGACGGACAUUGAGAGCUCAGAUUGCUGCUACUCUGGUAUUAUCUGAUAUGAACAUUGUCAGAGAUGAAGUUCUUGAAAAGCUAUCUGAAUUCAGAUUAAUAAGGAGUCAAGUUGCAAAAGAUGUUUUUGAUGGGAUUAAGAAGAAAACAAAGCAAGGUAAAAAGGAAAAGAAAGUAUAGGCAGACUAACGAAUAUGUGGAUGAAGUUUUUUGCUCGGAAGUAUUUGUAUUUUGCACAGAAGUAGGAAAUCUAAUGUAAUGAUGUAGUUUGCAUCAACAAAUGGAUAAUCUAACAAAAUUGUAUAAGUGUUAAUAUAGAACAAUAUGAUAUGAUUCCAGUUCAUACAAAGCUUUUGAAUUGGUGGUAUUGGUAGUUCUUUUGAUAUGUAAUCUUUAAUUGACAUUCAAGAAGUUUAGUGAAAUAUAUAUUAGUUAUAAAUUUGGCGCCUAUGUUAUAAAAAAAUGGUA